UGCUCUUCGCAAGCCACCGUUGGCGCUCUGCAGCCUCUGCAAUAUCUCGCGAGUUCCUUCCGUCGAAGAACGGAGGCAAGUAUGCGCGGUCCAACCGCGGAAGGGCCGUCGCAGUUCAGUGUCGAUAUGUACCCGCUCGUCGCGGAGUUGCCUCCGUUUAGCCCGGUGUCGUUGGUUCGGGGCUUGCCCGGGAGCACACGCCACUGAUGGCAACGUGACACGGGCUCAUCCUUCCGUGGAGUUGCAUUUUCUUCUCGACCAUUCCUAGCUGGGCUGGAGGAGCACAGAAAAGGAGCUGCCGCAGCCGAAGACGGCUCGCGUCGAGGCCGAUGACUUGACGUUCCGGGACCGUUCAAGCGUCGGCUCGCAUGACAGCUGCUCGCUUGUCAUAAGACAUUUCAGUGAGGCGUUUACGUACUUUCCCCCUCCAGCAUCUUUGCCAAUUUGAGCCGGCGUCGGGAAGAAGCGGUCCGACGAGGCUUGUCUCCAUUCGGCGGGCGAUAUGGGCGAGCAAGCGGAACCGAUGCAGUGGUUCGUGGAAAGGCGUCGUCCAAAUUCAGGUGGAGCAGGCAGCUGCAUAUGAACACACAAUAAUCACAGAAACAACCACAAUAGGCAAGGAAGAGAACACUCUUUCUUCCGCAGCUGCGUUGAGACGUUCAGCUCACACUGGUGACCUGCUAGCCAAUAGCUGUGUUGAGGAUGAGCCACAUCUGUACCUCAAGGAGCCAGUGAUCUACAGGUGGAAAGGGGACCCACUGCGGGCAGUGAUGCCUGGCAUGGUGAUGUUUCGGCGGCGCUGGUCAGUCGGCAGUGAUGACCUGGUGCUGCCUGCCCUCUUUCUGUUUCUGUUACACUGCAUCUGGUUGGUAGUUCUGUCCGUGGUUCUGUUCGGCCUUCCCUAUGGCUCUGACCAGUCCUGUUCUAUAACACUGGUUGACCAUGGUCGAGGGUACCUGGGCAUCUUGGUUAGCUGCCUUAUCUGCGAGAGUGCCAUCAUGUGGUUAAGUAUGAGAGGCAGCAUCCUGUACACACAGCCGAGGGAAGCUGUGCAGUACGUCAUCUAUAUCCGACUAGCCAUUCUCCUGGUAGAGCUUGUUUAUGCAGUAGUGGGAAUUGCCUGGCUUGUUCAGUAUUACCAGCCAUGCUCUGAUGUCACUGCCAAAAACCUAGCUUUGGGGAUUGUUGCAUGCAACUGGCUUGUGAUAUUGAGCGUCUGCAUUACGCUUAUGUGCACUUUUGAUCCUACCGGGCGGACAUUUGUCAAACUGAAAGCAACACGCCGGCGUCAACGAAACCUUACAACAUACACACUAAGACACAGACUUGAGGAAGGCCAGGCCAGCAGCUGGAGCAGGAGACUAAAAUUCUUCAUGUGCUGCACAAGAGCCCAGGACACACAAUCAGAUGCAUAUUCAGAGGUGGCAAGCCUUUUUGCGGAGUUCUUCAGAGACCUGGACAUUGUGCCUAGUGAUAUCAUCGCUGGCUUGGUACUCCUGCGUCAGACACAGAGGUCUAAAAGAUCAUCUAUUCUGGACCAGGCAAACAAUGAUAUUUUAGCUUUCCUUUCUGGGAUGCCUGUUACUCGGAACACUAGAUAUCUGGACUUGAAGAACUCGACUGAGAUGGGCAUGUACAAAGACGUGUGCUACUAUAUGCUCUUUGCUCUCGCUGCAUAUGGUUGGCCCAUGUACCUGAUGAGGAAGCCAGCCUGCGGACUGUGCCGCCUCGUUAGCACCUGCCCCUGCACAUCAGUGUCUGGCUCGCGUUUGUCCCAGUCAGUGACAGUGGAGGAGGACAAUUGUUGCGGUUGUAACGUUUUGGCCAUACGUAGACAAUUCUUGGACAGGGAGCUGAAGCAGAUUCACAUAGUCUACACUUCCUGUCAUGAUGCGGUUUAUGAAACUCCAUUUUUUGUGGCAGUGGAUCAUGAAAAGAAGAAGGUGGUCAUCAGUAUCAGAGGAACAUUAUCGCUUAAGGAUGCCUUGACUGAUUUGACGGGGGAUUCUGAGCGUUUGCCAGUGGAGGAGCAGCAAGGAACCUGGCUUGGUCACAAGGGGAUGGUUUACUCAGCAGAGUACAUUAAGAAGAAACUGGAGCAGGAGAUGAUACUGUCACAAGCUUUUGGAAGAGACUUAAACAAGGGAACCAUGCAUUAUGGACUGGUGAUAGUAGGCCAUUCUCUUGGUGCCGGCACUGCUGCCAUUCUCUCCUUCCUGCUGAGACCUCAGUAUCCCACACUUCACUGCUACUCUUACUCACCGCCUGGUGGCCUUCUUAGUGAGGAUGCUAUGGAGUACUCCAAAGAGUUUGUCACCUCUGUAGUAUUAGGAAAAGAUCUGGUGCCAAGACUGGGCCUGUGUCAACUGGAGGGAUUCCGUCGCCAUCUGCUCGAAGUCCUACAAAAAAGUAACAAGCCAAAGUGGAGGAUCAUUGUGGGAGGCACCAAAUGCAUCCCAAAAUCGGAGCUUCCACUUGAGGAGGAGGAUACUCCGUCUCAGCAAGUGGCACCCCCCAGCAGUCGCCUGUGGCUCCACCCCAGUGACCUCAGCAUCGCCCUCUCAGCCUCGACCCCCCUCUAUCCUCCUGGCCGAAUCAUCCAUGUGGUGCACAACCAUCCUCCAGAGACCUGCUGUGGUCAGGAAGAGCCAACAUACUCUGCUCUUUGGGGGGACAACAAGGCCUUCAAUGAGGUCAUCAUAUCGCCUGCCAUGCUUAAUGAGCACAUGCCUCACAUGGUGAUGGAGGGUCUCAACAAGGUCCUGGAGAACUACAACAAAGGGAAAACCGCUUUGCUCUCUGCUGCCAAGAUCAUGGUGAGCCCAACAGAAGUGGACUUGAACCCUGAGAGUGUGUUCAUGGCUGCAUCUGCAACAGCCCAGCAGACAAUGCCUAUAACCCACCAUCGCAGGAACAGUAGUGUUCGACAAAAAACAUUGUUACGUUCCUGUGCCCAGUCUGAAAUAUCUCUGGAUGGCUUCUCUGAGUGUCCUCCUCCUCCAGUUCCCGUAGUGUUGCGUGGAGCACGGGAGCGGCUGACUGUGGAGCUUAGGGACCGCAAAGCUCCUCUGGCUGUCAUGGAAAGCCUGUCAGACGCUGAAUCUGUCUACAGCCUGGAUUCCAGGCGCUCCUCUGCUGCGCUUAGAGGUUCUCCAAUGCUGAGUAGCCUCCCGUUCCCUUUGGAUGCCCCGAUUCCUGAAGAGAAUCCAUCUCUCAGCUCUCGCACUGAACUCCUGGCCGCUGACUGCCUCUGCCAGGGCACACCGGAACACCUGGGGGAGAUUGGGCCUUUCUUUACGCCACUGGACUCUGUAUCUAAUCCAGAAUACUCCAUUCAUCUGUCCCCUGCCACACCUCGCCACAGUGGACAUUAUUCCCCUCAGCCUUUCGAGACAGAGCCUAAUGCCUACUCUAAAAUUCCUUCUGAUGGGGAACAGAUGCCGGGCAUCUACAGUCCAGGUAGCACUCCUAACGCUCCCUGCAGUCCACAAAUUGCUUCUAAAGUGAUUGAUGGAGACAAGGAACAGUGGCAGUUGAGCACGGAGACUAGACGGGCAGCUUCCCCUCCGCCACCCCAGCUAUCAAAUGGAAACCCCAGCCGAACAGUGCUGGAAUUUGCACAGUACUUGGACUCACUAUUUAGACUAGAUGGCAGCAGCUCACCUCCAAUGGAUCUUUCUGAUGGGGAGUCGGAAUCAGGACGGGGUUCCCUUGGGCACGUGGAGUGUUUGGGGGAUGGACCGGAUGACAAACAGCUUCUAGCCAGGGCAACGUUGGAGCCGAACCUGGUCCCCAAGCCCCCACGUACUUUUGCCGGAUCUGCUGACCCCUCCUCUGGCAUCUCCUUGUCACCUUCCUUCCCUCUCUCAUCAUCUGAGGAACUCAAUGACCUUUCACCCGGUGAGGGUGCCCUACCUGCCAUUGACUCGCUACGAACAUCUAUCCCUGUCCACUGUCCUGAGGGGAACACUCUGUCCUCUAUGGUGUAAUCCACUCUAACCAGCUGUUUACUGCAAAUCAAGUGGUGCAGUCAUCCCAGAUUAUAUAUUUAAAAAAAAAACAACAAAACAUAUCACAGUAUGUGCAUGUGAUGGAAUGUAGUCACUCAUCAGAAACCGAAGGACGGAUCUUGACUCACUAACACACAAAUAAUUUCCAUUCUUCAGGUGUCCUCCCCCACUUGAAUGAUGUUUAUAGCAUUUUCACACUAUUGCAAUGAUAAUACAUAAUAUAAAAAAAUACCUCUCUGCAUGCCAGGGGGCUGUGCUGUUUUUGGGUGGAAAUGAACAACUGUAGCUUCACAAAUGCCGUUCCAACAAUGUUAUGAGACAUUUUCAGCAUAUGUUCAUCCCCUGAAUUGACUACGAUAGAGAGCGUCGUUAACUUAGCAGGGAUUCAAAAGCUAACACUGUAGAAGAAGCUAGUUUGCAUAGGCACAUCAUCUCGGGUUCCUGCACCCUCAGCAGCAUAUUUUCUUCCUGCUUUUCUUUUUCAUUGUUCAGUCAGGAAUGUGAAGAUGGACAUAUGUCAGUCGGUAGAAGCGUGAAGACGUGACACAAUGUUCCUCAGGUCUAUAUAGGGUUGCUGUCAAGAGAGAUUGCGUGUGUGGUUAAGGUCAUGUGUCUUAAACAUUUAGUGAUUGUGACAACGUUAUAACAGAUGCCGAUGGAUGUUUUUAAACCUUUUAGUUACUCUUUAUAGUGCAUGAUAGUUGUCUUUCUUUUCGAAGAGAUUUUGUCACUAAGCCACUUAGAUUGACAAUUGGGAACUUGUGCACACAUCAUGUUUGCUUAGUCCCCUCUCUGCCAAAUAAUUUAAUACAGUGAUAUUGCCAAAUGUAUUUCUCUGAUGUACUUUUGUGUAUGUUUAUUGCUUUAUUUGAGCACAAGAAGCUAUGUUUACUAUAUCCCCCCCAGCCUACCGUCAUUCCCAUGUAGACUGUUACACACCACAGGAAAGACACCACCUGACUGCCAUGGCUUUCCUGUUACCACUGCAUAUUUUGGUCAACCUUUAGGCAGCAAUAACCACCUAGCUCAUAGUUGUUUGUUUCCAAGAAACUGUACCGCUCUCAUGGCGGAGUUCUUUGCAGCUAGUUUCACAAAUGCUGCCGGCAUGUCAAAGAAAUUCUGUUUUUAAUUAUUUUUUUUUUCUCCAUUAUUAUAGCAGGGUAAUGCAAAUGCAGGAUCCCAGACAUAACCAUACGAUACGUCUUCUAAUUGUCCCAGGAUACAUUUUCUCUUGUUCUCAAGGUGCUCUCAGACAUGAUGGACAUCAGGUGUUUGCUUCCCUUUAAACUGGUUCUCCUCGCGCUUCCUCGAGGUUGGACUGCAUGGACAAAUGAGCUGGUGUCAAUUCUACACGUGGCAUACAAUCUUCCAUAUCACCAAGGGUGUAACAGGUGGCUUACUACUUGGAUUAUUUAUUACGAUAAAUGCUUUCACUUUUAUUGCUGUAUUUGAUGGUAAAGUUAUCUUUAUUGCUCUUGAAAACAGGUUGGUGUUUUUUUUUAUUAUCUUGCUUUUUUUUGUGUCUUUUUUAAUAAUUUCUCAGAAGUUGUCCAUUUAUGCUUUUCUUCCCCCGUCGAAGGGGAAAACUUUUUAACAUUCGGCCAUGGCACAUUUAUGAAUGUUCCGUAGUGGUGAGACAUUCUGCAGAAUGACCUUUGGUGCAAAGCCGAGCUUGGAGUCACCAAUGUGAUCAUCUCUGUUUGGAACAAGAGUUGUUACUCGCAGCACAUCUCACAUCUUGCCAGUUUACAUUCUGUCACCGUACAGAUCAUCUUGCCAGUCCCACUUCUCUCACACAAAUACUCUUGGGUUAUAAACCCAUUAAAUAGGUAAGCUUGCAGCCAGUCAAAGCACUGUUUGGCCAUGAUGUGUACAGCACCAUUCUCUGUGUGUAUUAUUUAUGCAAAUGUCUAAAAGAAGAAUAUUUAAUUCCAAUAGUCAUGUGGAGAACAAGUGUAUAACAAAAAGAUAGCUAUAUAUUUAAAAUAUCAAUAUUGACAUAUAGUACAAGGAAUAUUUCAUCUGAAAGUUAUUUAUUGAAACUACUGGAAAAAUUUACAAAUUGUUCUAUGAAGAGAGAGGAAUAUUUGCUUAUAGGUCGUUUCCAUGUUUACCUGGUUUGCUUCCUUCCUCUCCUGCCCCCAUUGGGAAUGUAUUCGAUCCCUCCUCUUAUUGAACUUGUCUGUUAUGGAAUAAAUUUAAAA